CGGUCAUGACACUGAUUCGCCGGGGCAACAUAUCAGGCGACUGACAGUAAGCGGCCGGUUUAGUCCAGAACAGAUGCUCGCUCUCAAUAGCAGACAGCUGUCACUAUUGUUGUUUGUGGUCUGCCAGAACCAUAUUUGCAGCUGCCACUACCGCGCGCCCAACAAUGGAAGGGGACUAAACAUCGGUGGCGCGUGGCGGAUAAUAAUGCUGCGAUUAACCUUGGCGCGUGCAGUCGCCUGGGCUCCUUCUAUCAAUGCCCGCGCGCACACCCCCUCGCGCCCGCAGAUUAAGUUACCGGGCACGCGCUUUCUGAAGGCAGAAAACCAUUAUAAUGAUUAUGAAGAGCAAAGGGCGAUGUACAGAGUGGGAACAGAUUCAUCAGAGUCUUGGACAGUUAACAGCUUUAAGGGCAGGGCAGCGCGAUCAGACCUUAUCCAGGUCAUACCAGGAGGGCAGGAAGUACCAGGAAGAAUGAGAAAUUCCUGGCAGUGAAUGACGACUGAGACAGCUGACUGAUUCCACAAAUCAGUUACAGGGUGAUCAAAACCGUUCCACAUUAGGAGGAAGUCAAAAACCAGCCAAGCUCUACACCUGCAUGAAUAUGACUGGAUAUUACUUCUCAACUGCCAAACAGCUGAAGAAUGAGCAGUGACUGUAAAGCAUGAAUGAAGCAGCUAAUUCCAAUCAGUGGAUGCAAGUGUGGCUUCUGUAAUCUGCCAGAUAUCAGAUUUCAUACUUUGGUCUGACAUUUUUCUCAGAUACGACCAAUUUUUAGGUAAGAGUCAAAUAACAGACAAUUUGCAGUCUGAUAAAACCUCAGUACCAUCAUGGGGAAACUGAAAAGUUGUCUGAAAAGAAGACUGGAAACAAACAUUAUGUAUAAAAUCUAUAACACCUGCUCAGGGCCUCACAGUGAGUACAGCAUGUAUUUGUCCUUUGAAAAGAACUUCAUGUUUCAGGGGAAUCCGGAUGCCAAAAACUCGGUAUGCCAAUGAAUUUUAUUACAGGCAGAAUACUUGUAUAAUAAGAACCAGUCGAAUACAAAAAGAGCAACUGAAAAACUGGCAGAAGAGCAAGCAGAAAGAAACUAAAGUAAGGCUGAAGUAACAAACAGAGAAGUAGAGACCAGAAGCAGGUGGGUGAUUGUUCUUCUUCUGGUUUGUUUAUUUGUUCGUUGAGAAUUUUCUCAAUUUUGAUGGCACAUUUCUUGCCAUUUAAAUGAUCUGUGGGCUAGUAUGCCUUCCAAAAUGUGCUACUUUAAUCUGAAUAACACAGAUUAAAAAAAUUAUAACCAUUAUGCCCACCAUAAGAGAGCCUCCAUCAAAGUUUUAGAGGAUAAUCAUUUGAAUGUAAUGUGACAUCUUAUGUAAGUACAAUUUUAUGUACUAAUCUUGGCUUGUGUAUUUUCUUUCUUUUGUGCUUUUAACUACUGAAGUUUUCUUUGAUAUUUGCUGCUUUGUAAGUAUUUCUUUUAUCCACAAAUAAAAAGAGAUGCUGUGGCCUGCACUAUAAUCCAUGAACAACAGAGAUAAAAAUGAA